AUGUCACGCCUUCUUACUUUCGCCGCUGGCCUGGCGCUAGCAGCUACCCAACUCACUUCCUCUUCCCUCGAGAGCCAUGUAGAUACCCUCUCGCUGGGAAGCUCUUUCAACCCGAUCAAGGAAGCUUACUGGACUGGCCUCCCUCACCAUCGGCGAACUCCCUUUGCUGUCUCCCCCGAUGGCAAAACUGCUUUCUUGGCCUACCUUGACGCCAGCGGCACCGGUGUUCACAUUCAGGGUGUGGAUCCCAAGACCUUCGCCGCUGUCGGUACUCCUGUAACCAUCAAGGACGGCAAGGAAGCCGGUGGUCUCGUUGCCCAUAACGAUGGUUUCGCCCUCCUUACCAACGAGGUCGUCUCCGGCGAAGCUAAGGACCCUCUGCCCGUUAUAUACAAGUAUACCAACGGCAAGCAAGCUUUCCGAACCCUCCUCGGUGGAUCUGGUUUCUCAGGUGAUGCUCUUGCCUCUCCUGACAUCAAUGGUGACCUUGUCUUUUCCGAAAAGGCUGGAUACUAUGCCGCCUACAUUGUCGUCACCUCUUACAGCGGUUCCGCCUCUGGCCACUUCGGUGAUGCUAUUCGCUACAUUACCCCUACUGGCAAAGUUGAGGAGAUCCAGGGCGCUUCUUCCUCUUGGGGCUGCUCUCAUAACACCGGUAUUGCCUUUGAAGCCGCUGACGAGCCUCCCUUUGCCUCCGUUUGCGCCGAGGAUCAGGGUGCCAUCUGGCUGAACACUGAGACUCAGGGCAUGAGCAACAAUGGUGUCAAAGUCUCCAACGAGCAUGUCAUCAACGGUGCUAGCAAUGAACCCAUGGGUGGAAUGAGUGGUUCUUACAGCUCUCUUGCUCGUUUUGUCGGCUCUGACUCUUACAUCUUUUCUUGGACAUCUCGUGGUGCCAUUAACCUCAGUGCCAAUGAAUGGAUGGGUGAUGGCUACACUCAUGUAGAGCAGCGCACCACAAACCGUAACGUUGCCAUUGCUCUCAUGUCUGAUAAGAAGACUCUGGUUGGUAAGCAGGCUAGCUCUGAAGUCGGUGCUAAGGACGGUGACAGCCAGGUCAACUGGAUCACCGACGGUGCUAACGACUGCUCCAAUGUUCAUGCUGCUACUUUUGAUUCUUCUACUGCUCUUGUUACCUGGGAGGAGAUCUCCAACCCUGUCUGUGAGAACGAGGCUAUGGGAUGCAGUGGUAAGUAUGCUGGUACCAAGUUCCAAGCUGUUGACAGCAAGGGAAAGAAGGUUGGUCAGGCUAUUACUUCUGAUGACGUCUUUGUUUCUGGUGAUAUGGUCACCAUGGCUGAUGGUAGAAUUUGCUGGCCCUAUGUCAACAUGGCAUGGAAGCUGGAUGGUCCUACCCAAGCUGCAGAUGUUAAGAAAAUGUCUUUCGCUUGUAUUUCGAAUGGUAACGGUUCUGGCUCUGGCUCCAGCUCUGCGUCUGCUUCUGCUGCCCCUGUUUCUACCGCCGCUCCUGCUCCUGCUUCUGAUUCUGCUUCUGGCUCUACCCCUAGCUCUGUCCCAACCUCUGGCUCCAGACCCGGCUUUGGCUCUGGCUCUGGCUCUCGUAUUGUCCCCGGCUCUCGCUUCGGCUCCCGGUUUGGUUCUCGUUUUAGCUCUACCUCUAGCUCUGCCCCUACCGCGACCACGGCCGCUGACUCAGGCUCUGCCACUGGCUUCUCAGCGAAAUCCUUUAAGAGACGAUUUUAA